CUCUCGCCCUGCCUCGGUCGGUUUGCAUCCCCGCGAUUUUGGGCAAGCUGAGCCUCGCUUUCCUCGCGUCCGUUUUUCCGCAGAGGGGAAGAGGGAAAAGGAGGGUCGUGGGGAGAGGACGACCCAGGAAUUUUCCUCGGAACACCCUGGCUGAGCCGGACUUUUAACUUCUCUCAUCAUUUCUCUCUCUCUCUCUCAUCAUCCUCCCCUCCCCACCUUCUGUCUCCAAGCUUCUUCUCCAGACCUCAGUUGCGCAAAGCCUGGAAGAGAGGACCCGCAAGAGAGACACGCGCAGGAGAAGGAAAAGGGGGACCGCCACAGAUCUUCCUUCCUUCCUUCCUUCUUUCCUUCCUCCCACCCGGCCCCCGCCUGGCGGAUUUGAGUCCCCACUUUUGAGAGCCCCCUUCGCUCCUCUUCGCCCCAAAUUUAGCAUGAUGUCGUAUCUCAAGCAACCCCCUUACGCCGUCAACGGGCUGAGUCUCACCACUUCGGGGAUGGAUUUGCUCCAUCCCUCCGUCGGGUAUCCAGCUACCCCUCGGAAACAGCGGAGGGAGCGCACCACCUUCACCCGCGCCCAGCUGGAUGUGCUGGAGGCUCUUUUCGCCAAGACCCGCUACCCAGACAUCUUCAUGCGUGAAGAGGUGGCCCUCAAAAUCAAUCUCCCAGAGUCCAGAGUCCAGGUAUGGUUCAAAAACCGCCGGGCCAAGUGCCGCCAACAGCAGCAACAGCAGCAGAAUGGGGGUCAGAACAAAGUCAGGCCAGCCAAGAAGAAGAGUUCUCCGGCCCGCGAGGUCAGCUCAGAAAGCGGGACCAGUGGGCAAUUCACCCCUCCGGCCAGCACCUCCGUCCCAGCCAUUUCCAGCAGCAGCAGCAGCGCUCCUGUGUCCAUCUGGAGCCCGGCGUCCAUCUCUCCCCUCUCCGACCCCCUGUCCACUUCUUCUUCUUGCAUGCAGAGGUCCUACCCAAUGACCUACACUCAGGCUUCUGGCUACAGCCAAGGAUACGCUGGUUCGACCUCCUAUUUCGGAGGCAUGGACUGUGGAUCUUACCUGACCCCUAUGCACCACCAGCUCCCCGGACCUGGGGCCGCCCUGAGCCCCAUGGGCACCAACGCAGUGGCCAGCCACCUCAACCAGUCUCCAGCCUCACUCUCCACCCAGGGCUAUGGCGCUUCCAGUUUGGGGUUUAACUCGACGACCGAUUGCUUGGAUUAUAAGGAUCAAACGGCCUCCUGGAAGCUAAACUUCAAUGCUGAUUGCUUGGAUUAUAAAGAUCAGACGUCCUCAUGGAAGUUCCAGGUUUUGUGAAGAUCCUCCUAGGAGCCCAGUUUCUGAUUUUAAACCCUAAAUGAUGAUAAUGAUAAAUGAUGAUGAUGUUAAAUGAUCAUGAUAAUGAUGAUGUUGUUGAGACAGACAAGACCAUACCCGUGGUGGGUGGAACUUUGCAGUGAUUCUAGUCAGGGGCUUCGGUGGACAUUAAAGACAAACGUGGACUGGACACCUAACUAGACAAAAGACUGGAGAGGCAGUAUCAUUCUCCCAAUUUCAUCUCUUGCUGAGAAGCUCUGGAAAGGAAGAGGAGAAGGAAGGACGCCUUAUGGGGACAUGGAAACAGGCCACUUAACUUGGUUCUUUAUAGUUUUAGCUAAAUGUUCAGUUUCUUUGUCUGGAUGGGAGGGAAGAGGAUUCCAGCAAAAGGCCAGUUUUUUAAGGGGUGGGGGUGUGUGCUUUUUUAAUUUAUUCCUUCUUUUCUUAAAAGAAAACUCUCUAGAUUUUUUUCUUUUCUUUUCCUUUUCUUUAGCGUGUGUGGUAUGGAAGCAACGCACCCCUUUCCUCUCCCGUCUCCUCCAUUUCCAAUUUGCCAUCCAAACCUUGGUUUUGAAUUUUUUGUUUUUUGUUUUAAUGGACAAUGUCUAUAUAUCUCUCUCAAGCUCCUCCAGUUGCUUCAGGGCCAGCAUUUGGCAAAGCUGGCCUGCAGGAGAAACAAGCAAACAAGUAAAGAACUUGGUUCAGAGCUAUGUGGGGGUGUGGGACUGGUUUUCUUAGCUGCACUAUUUUAUUUAAGAGGGAAAAAAAUAAAUAAAAAUAAUGUCCAUAAGGAGUCAAUAUGUAGUUUUUAAGAGACAAUCAGUGUGUGUCUUAUAUAAAUGGUACAUCUGUGGUUUUUAAUCUGUGCUAGACUUUAAAACUGUGAUCUCCUGUAUUGUAUGCAACUACAGACCCCAAACCAGCAGGGGGUUCUGCUGUGAUUUUAAAUAGGUUAUAAUUAACAUUGAAAUUUGAGCAACUGAGUCACAUAUGACCACCUCUCUCUCUCUCUCUUUUUUUCUGUUUUCCUCUCUCUCUCUCUCUCUUUAAAUUGCCUUUCACCAGAGGUAAACUGCACUGAAAAAAAAACUUUUUAUGACAAACUGUCUCUGAAUGAAUGAACCACCGAGAUUUUUUUUUAAAGCAUCAGUCAAUAUAUAGAAAAAACUACACAAGGACUUUUAAAUCCACCUGUAAUACAAUAGCGUACUGUUGGGAAAGCUAACAGCAAAGGGGAAACACGAAAAAUUAUAUAUAUUUAAGACGUUGGUCAAUUGCUCUGACCCCUGAACAGAGAAAAAUCAUCGUUGUUUUUAUGCUUGCAGA